UGAAGUAAGAACUAAGCCGAUCGUGUAGCAUUGCGAUUAUAGGCAUCAGCUCCAUCGAGUUCGUUCUAAUAUGACCAUUUCCCGCAGUCUCCUGGAUGUACAAGUCUGGAUUGAAGGUAACAUGCGACACAUGGUUGUACACUUCAAAGUCGACGGAGGCCACGGGUAUACCAAGGGCCUUGGCUGUGGCUGCGGCGUACUCGACAUGGCUCGCGGGGACGAUGGGAUCUGCCGACGAGUACGAGAACAGCUUGGGCACCGCUGCAUCGUGUUGGAUGAGGCGCUUAAAGUUGACAUCAAGCGGAUGCCAGCGGCCGACGAGCGAGAUGGCGACAAACUCAUACACACGCAGGAACGGCCGUCACGAUAGCGCGAACGCAAUGUCGGACGACGCGUACUCAGGUAGUUUCGUGGGAGUUGAGUCCAGAACCAUCGCUGGAACCGUAUAGGCCACCCUGUGCUUAGUCACGUGGUGCUGGAAGCAUACCCACGACCGAGCGCCGUCGUUGGACAAGAUGUGCGGCACGAUCGCCAUGCUCGUGUCUGUCGAUAGCCACGCGGUGAACUUGGCAAAGCUGGCCUCGUGCACCAAGUCGGGCGAGUAGAAGAAGUAGUCCGAGGGUUGGGCCAGAAGGGUGAACGUGUCGAGUCCUAUGGCGCGGUAGAUGGCCGUGUACUUGUCCACGUUGCGAGUCUUUGCCGCCAUCCACCUGUAGAGCACCACCACCCUCUUGGACAUGAUGGGUGCAACUGUGGUGCAUAUAUUUGCCGUGUUUUGUCAGCAGUCCUAAGAUUUGACCCAAAUUCGUUCUGGAAAUUGGUGAACGUUUGAAAAAUGUGGAAAUUGUGUACCUCC